UCCAAGUGUUGUGUGUGAUUCAUUGAGCCUAUUUACACCGUACGAACUUGAAGUGUUGUUAUAAUAGACAAAUUUAAAGGAGUUCGAUGGAAUCCCUUUUACAUGGGAAAUAAAAGCCAACUCCUAUCUCGUUUCCACUGAGAGUAACUCAUCGUUGUGUUUCCACCGACGAGUUACUUCAACUCUACUCGUGUCCAAAUCCCCGGUGUAAAUAGACUCACUGUAAGUAGUUUUCCUAUCAUCAUGUCACGUGUAUCGAUAAUGAAAGGAAAUAGUGAAGAAUCGUCUACUUCUGAUGACGAAAUGACGAAAAAGGCCCUAAAAGAAGCUAUGGAUACCCAAUUUUUGAGAGAAUCAUUUUUCGAGAGGAAACCAUCAGAGCAUGCACAAGAGUUUCCAAAUACCAAAAGGAAUUAUGUGGAGAAAUAUGAUGAAUUUGGAGUUUCGGAGGGAUUCAAAAAUUUCAUGGCUAGAAAACUCACCGAUCUUCUCGACAGAAAUAUUGAAAUAAUACAGAAAGUUACCAGUUCCAAGCAGUCACGCAAACGAAAAAAAAUUGAGCAUGAAGAAUCCGAGUGUGGUAUAAGACUUCUCCGAUCUUCUGGAACUAUCCUCGAAAUGGUUGAUAGAACUGCUGCCACAGAUGAGUACAAUUGUGGACCCAGUCGGCAGAAAUACGUAAAAGAAGUGAAUUGCAAGGAUAAUAAUUUGCGAUUUGAAGAAGCCGCCAUUGACCCGCAAUACCUGCUUUCUAAAGCUGGAACUAAUUUUUGGAUUAACAGAAGAAAGGGGAUCGUGUAUGAAUAUAAAAAAUUACCUGAUGGAACAUUAAUAGAAAAAUAAUAUGUAAAUAAAAAAUACAAUGAUUAUCCAUUUUUUCAACCACACGCCUCGAAUGAUUCGAAUUUAAGACCCGGAUGGAGGUUUCAGCAACCCCCUUAACCCACCCCCCGGUAUUUCCAAUCUUCUAGAUUUAGUGGAUAAUGGUGAAUGACCUGCACUUGUUAUUUAUUCCAUACACAAAAGAAUGAAUAAAUUCCGGAAAACCAAGUAAAGCGACAGUUCUAUAUUAGUCUAUUUUUGAUUCUGAAUGGAAGCUUUGUAAUCGUUC